AUGGAAUUUAAUUCAUUAUCAAGACGUAUCGAUAAAAUAGAAUUUCCAGAAAAAGAAUUUACGCUUUAUUUUCUUGCAUAUGUUCGUGAUGUCUUGCCUGAAUCUACCGACGAAAGGAUCAAGUAUAUUUUUUCACGAGAAGCAGUCCUUGAAUUAACCCAUAAUUGGAAAACAGAAUUAGAUCCAAACUUUGAAUAUCAUCACGAUCCUAAAGGUUUCGGCCACUUGGCUAUUGCUGUAGAUAAUAUUGAAGCCGCUUGCAAGCGAUUUAAUGAUAAUGGAGUUAAGUUCAUCAAGAAAUUGACGGAUGGUGCGAUGAAAAAUGUCGCGUUCAUCGCUGAUCCAGAUGGCUACUGGGUCGAAAUUGUUCAGGCUGGAUUAGAUCCGACCAAACCAUGA